AUGGAGGGACUCAUUGAACACCUCAAAGAUGUGCAGACACAUCUUACCGUAGAGGGACUUGAGACAAGAGGAACCGCUGACAGGAAGGAACAUUACAUGGAGGAUUUGCGCGAAACCUUCAAUCUGCUCACCUCGCUGAUGUACCAGAGUCAGGAAGCUAAGGAGGCAGCUGUGCAUAGCCACCUGAGUACUGUGAUUCAUAAUCUGUGGGUGUGGUGUCUUGUUGACAAGUCUGUACUCGCUGCUGCUCUCUUCAUGCUGUGCUCAUUCACAUCUAAACAUCCUUCUGGCAGUACAUCAAUGGUGUACUCACUGACUAGCAAUACCGGCCUUCAACAAAAGUCUCACACGAACAACUGUCUCGGACAAAGAAUCGUCAAGCUAGCAAUAUCAGAACAGAGCAAGCAUGUCAGUAACAUGCAGUCACUUAGGCUCAGUUUCCAGUUGCUGGGCAAUAUGGCUAUCUCAGCUGAGUGCAGAUGUAUCAUGCUGAAGAGCAAUUUCUGGCAAGGGUUUCUGAAUGCUGCCAGUAUGAAGAAGGGGAGAAAGCAGGCACUGGAGUCAUUAUGGUUGGAACUACUGGUCUGUGUCAGUUUUCACGCAGAUAUACAGCAGGCAAUACUUAAGCAAAAAGAUUUUCUCGACCUGCUGUUAGGACAUGCGACAAGUGGUGUGAGGAGACAGCAAAGAAAUGCCUUGCUGGUGAUAAGAAAUCUGUGCUUCCACACGGCAAAUAAGCAGAAAAUACUUGCACAUGAUAAGCUACUGCAUUACUUAACGGAGGACCUGUCUUUCUUUACAACUGACCAUGAGAGACACCUGGUGGUGACUGCAUUGUGGACACUAUCUAGCAAUAACCAGAAGGGUAAAUUUAUACUCAAAGGGACAGUUCUUCAACGGCUACAAAAGUUCAUGGAGGAUCUGCAGCCCGAACAAAGAGACACUGAACUUGCUAGAGACCUACAGAUACUCAUAGGCCUACUGUUGAAGUAA